GUGCCCGCGACGAGCGCUUGUGCUUAAAGCUCGCUCGUUCCGAGUUACUGUGUGUUACGACUUACGUGUGCUUUCAAUUUAAUUCCUCCUUCGAUAAACAUCGCUCAAUGUGAAACGGAAGCAUGGACCUAAAAUAUCUGAUCUUAAUGAUCGCCUUCGCGACAGUCGAAAUCAAUGUCACUGAGAGCCGGCAAAGCGAUAAGCGCAGAUACAAGAACGACAAAGGUCUCUAUUCGCACUACGUCAACAUCUGCGAUAUACAGGACCGAGUGUCCAAAGUGCAUUGCUAUUGCGAGAGUAUAAAAAUAAAAACAGCCACCAAAGCUGAUUGCUGGGUUUUCAAUGGAGGUAUAGCGGAGGAUGAUCCGUUCUGGUCAAAUUUCUAUUCCCAGCCCAAAAUUGAAAGGCUAACAUUCAACGUCCGAGCCGAUGGAGGCUUGACGUACAUCCCAGCUAAAGUGAUCGUUAGACUUGACCGACUGCAGCAUCUCAAUAUACAAUAUGCGAACAUUUUUAGUAUACCUUCGUUUGCAUUUACGAAUUCCACUACGCUGAAAGAAAUUUCCCUACCAAAAAAUAAAAUAUCGAAGCUGGAAAGAUUCGCUUUUGCCCACUUGAUAAUGCUCUCGAACGUUAGUUUGGUAGAAAACCAGAUAUCGGAAUUGAAAAGAGACGUGUUUUACAUGCUGCCAAAUUUGCAGAAAUUGCAUUUGUCGAAGAACACAAUAAGCGUGCUGCACGACGGAUGUUUCAAGCAUUUGAACAAUCUAAUAAAAUUAGAUUUAGCGAGUAAUUUGUUGACGGUUGUCAUUCGAGAGAAUUUCCAGGGGCUGUCCAACUUGAUCAAUUUAGAUAUGAGAAACAACAAAUUAACAAUGAUAGGCGACUUGGCGUACGCAGAACUUUGGAGCCUUCAGGAACUUUACCUGGACGGUAAUGAAAUAGAAUUUAUAUCGGAGAGAGGGUUUGGGGGAUUGACGCAAUUGAGGAAACUUUCUUUAGCUGAUAAUAAGUUGAGUGUGUUAGACGAUGGGGUGUUCGAAGAUGUUCAGAAGCUGAGUUAUUUGGAUUUGAGGAACAACGGGCUCGAGACAGUGCGCGAUGAAACAUUGCAGAAUAUUAUUGAGAACAUGAAGUCGAAUUAUGCACUAAUCUCGCUCGACGGUAACAAACUGACCUGUGACUGUCGGCUGUCCUGGCUUCACAAACUCCGAAACGAGACAAAGAGUAAACGCCUUAAAGCAUCACUCGAUCGUCUGAACUGCAUCAUGGACACUAAAAUUAAAACCAACCCACCAAACGUGAAAGUUGAAGUUAUUAAUGUUAUUUCGAAAGAUUUAAAAAAAGAUAUAGAAAAGGAGAAAAACUAUGAAGACAUUGAAGAAGAUGAUGACGAAAACUUUUAUGAUGAAAUGCAAGAUGAAGACAAUUCCGGCGAUAAUAAGAUUGAAUACAGAAGAAAGUUGUUAGAAAUUCCUACGGAAAUGUUACCGUGUCCUAAAAAGCUAAGUUACGAGGACUCAUUCUCGCCCCCUACACAGGAUGAAGUUCGGUACUAUCAAAGUUCGUCGAGUAAGAGUAAUUUGGAAAUAGUACUGACGUUAAUUGUAAUGGUAAAUAUGUUGUAGCCCAAUCAAUGAGAAUUUUGAUGUAAAUAUGAACAGAUAUAACUAAUUUGGUCUCUAAGGUGAUUGAAAUGAGAGAGAAUAAUUUUAAAACAUUACAAGUGAGGAUGGAUUUUUGGUGUAAUAAUGCUACAACUGCAAAGUGAAAACUUUUCUAGAGAAAGGCUUAAAGAUUCUACGAACGAAAUUACUCGAUAAUAUUUUUAUGCUUGAAUACAAGAGUCAUAAAAUUGCAGUUAAU